AUGCCCCGCAAUCCAGCCCCGGCCGAAGACACCAGCAACAGGCACUUUCCCGUCAUCAUCUCACCUCCUGUCGCCAACGCCAAGCAAACCCCCCACGCCCCCGGGUUCGGCAACCGCUGUGCAUCUCUCAACUGUCCUCGCCGCCAUCCUCUCGGCCUCCGUGGCCGCUUACGCCGUCGCCGUGCCCGAGCCGGCGCCAGUGUCGAGCGCGACGAGCCCGCCAAGGUGGCCGCCGCCCUCGAGGCCAGACAGACAACCGGCGGCCGGUGCUCCCAGCCAGGCGCUUUCAAGUGCUGGGGCGGCUUGGUCCAGGUGUGCAACGGCGUCGGCGUCUGGGAGACGAGCGCGUCCUGCUGCACCGGGCCUAGGUGCUGCCGCGAGCCCGGCGCCUCCACUUCUGCUUCUGAUAGACGUCGAUCGGGCCGCGGCUGGGCAGAAGCGGAAACGAGGGAGAGCGCAUCCAAAUAG